UUUGUUUUGAUUUUAUUGCGAAAUUGUUUACAUUUAUUUUGUGCCGGCAUCUGCCAAAAUAAAUUAUUUUCUUUUUUUAUAAAAUGGAAAUUGUUUGGUCAGAUUUCAGUGAAACUUGCCCUAUUCUCAAAGAGUGUCUGGACUCGUCUGACUUGGCUCUAGAGGACGCCUCUACUUUGGAUUAUAUUUAUGAAAUCCUAUGGAUGGAAAUUGGUACUUUUGUGCGUAGUAAAUUAUCUGUAAAAUUUUGGUCUUGUCUUAAUCACAGUCAAGCUAUUACCAAAUUCUAUCGUGAUGGAGAAUCUUCCGAAGAUAUUCAAUUGCAGUAUAAAUUAUUUACAAAUUUUGUUAAUGCGGUUAAAAAUCUAGAUGCUUUCUAUCAAUUCAUCAAAACCAGCUUGGAACGAUUAAAUGCAAUACGAAAAUUGGAUCAUAAAAAAUCAAUAGAAAAGUUGAAUGAACUUUUGCGGGCAUCAUUGCUGGCUCAAUUGCCUACACAUUUCAAUAAUGUGGUGUUUUCCUUCUAUAGUGUUUCAUUUAGGGUUUUCUUUAAUUUACAUCAGAGUACUAGUGGAUCUCAAGAUGCUGAAGAUUUAGAUGAAAGUGGUUUAACCUGUAAAGGCUGCAACCAGGAACUGGAGAAAUGUCAAUGUUUAACUCUACUACAAACCAUAAAUGAAGUAAAUCAAAAGUUAUUAGAUUUGGAGUUGUUAGAUCGUCUUGCUGGACAAUCGAUGACAUUUUUAGUUCAAAUCAGAAUAAAAGAACACAUAAAAAAUACAUGUCUUGGCGUUUUCGAUAGAUCUCAUUUGAAAACUCUGCUAACGUGGCUAGAUGAUGUGGUCAUAAAAUGGUUAAUGCAAAUAUUUCAUACUAAUGCAACUGAUGAAGAAAUGGAUAUAGAUGCUGAAGCUGGCAAUAAGAAUUCAGAUGUUAUACAAAGUUUAAAAGUUAAACUAACUUUUUAUGUUUAUGAGAAUUUUGCUUUAAGUGUAAUUGAUCAAUUUUUUAGUAUUAUUAUAGAUUUUCCGGAUUCUAUACCCGCCAUAGAGGAUCUUAAGAUUUGUAUGGAAAAAAUAAACUUGCGUCGCCAAAUCAUCAACACUUUAAAGACUUCCUUAGAGGCUCGCAUUUUGCAUCCUGGUGUAAAUACUAUGGAUAUAUUAACCGGUUAUGUAGCGGCCAUUAAGGCUAUACGUUAUUUAGAUAAUACCGGCGUUAUACUGGAAACUGUUACGGCGCCCAUUAAAGAGUAUUUGAGAAAACGUACCGAUACUGUUAGAUGUGUGGUCACCAGUUUAACCGAAGAGGGACCCACAGAUUUAUCCGAAGAAUUGGCCAAAGGAGAUACAGUUAAAGAAGCUGCUGGCGGCAAUGUUAAUGAUGAACUUAGCAAUUGGGAAAAUUGGCAACCAGAUCCAUUUGGUUUGGAUUCUUCCACUCUACAAAUGCGUGCUGUUAAAACUUCACGUUCGGCCGAUAUAAUAUCCAUGGUAGUGGAUAUUUAUGGCAGUAAAGAGUUGUUUAUGAGUGAAUACCGUAAUUUAUUAGCAGAUCGCUUAUUGACCCAAUUGGAAUUUAAUCCCGAAAAAGAAAUAAGAAAUCUAGAGUUGUUAAAACUAAGAUUUGGUGAAUCUUUAUUACACAAUUGUGAGGUAAUGCUUAAAGAUAUAGCCGAUUCGAAGCGUAUUAAUGCUCAUAUCCAUAGUGAUUAUAAAUAUGUGGAGAAUAAACAAUUUGAUAUUUCCUCUUUAAUAAUAUCGGCUCAGUUUUGGCCUUCUUUCAACAAAGAAAGUGUUGAGUUACCCGAAGAAAUUGCUAAUGAAUUUCAAAAGUAUACAAAAUCCUAUGAAGAGUAUAAAGGCAAUCGUACUUUAAAUUGGCGCACAGUUACAGGAAAGGUUAAUAUAUCUAUAGAAUUGGGCGAUCGGGUAUUGGAUAUGACUGUGGCUCCUACACAAGCUGUUAUCAUAUAUCAUUUUCAAAAUAAAAGUGAAUGGUCUUUGGAUGAUUUAAGUUCUCUGGUUAAGAUACCUCCUUCGGUGUUAAGAAGACGUAUGGCUUUCUGGCAAUCUCAUGGUAUUUUAGUAGAAUCUCAACCUGGUAUUUUCAAAUUAAUUGAAGAAGAUUUACCCAAAUCCCAAUUGGAGAAGUUGCCAAUAAAUGAAAUUAUAGCAGAAGAUGAAGAUAAUGAAUCAGCCAUGGCUAGUGCCAGUGAUCAAAGAGAAGAGGAAUUACAAGUAUUUUGGUCCUAUAUAGUUGGUAUGCUUACCAACCUGGAUUCUUUGCCCAUAGAACGUAUACAUCAAAUGCUGAAAUUAUUUGCCUCAAAUGGCUUGGGCAUUGAAUUUACACAAGAUGAUCUUAAAGAUUUUCUACAGCGUAAAGUACGCGAUCAUAAGUUGAUAUAUUCGGGCGGUGUUUAUCAAUUAGCUAAAUGAUUUAACUAACACUUUAAGGAAAUUUGCCAUUAGCAGUGUUUUUUUGUGUUAAUGUAAUUUAAAUUUUAUAUGAUGAAAGAAAAAAAUUAAAUAAUAAAUUCCAUGAAUUGGCACUUUUGUGAGAUAUGAAAAAAAAAAAAAAAAAACUGCAAAAUGUAAAUAGUCGUCCCUCCCUGUCAAUGCUGUAGAUAAAUACUGUUAUUAUAGCUCGUCUGUUAUUGAACGUAUACGACUGUGACUCUAGUG